UGUGUAGCCUUUUCGACAAGGCUAUAUAACUAUCAGGAUAGUCUAAAGUCACUUUAAGACUUUAGGCGUACUCCUGACUUUCAAGGAGUCACGAUGUGCUCCUCAGUAAUUCCGCGUCUUACCAGCCCGAUCUCCGUAACCGUCUCUCAAGUCUGCAAACUUACUUUCAACUUCAAAUUAUCAUCUGUAAACUCCAUUAAUGCUAUCGCCAAGUCCUUCUAGAUAAUCCCGCUCAAGCUCGUUCUAUCUGGCCUUCUAAUAUUUGCUCUCUCGUCUCGUGUCUUUAACUCUACUCAAUUCUAUGGUUCGCGCCGUCGCUCACUCAUUGGCCCAUCGAGGGCCACCAACAACAACGUCACAUUCGCACACUCGGGUUCGCUGGCAACCCUAUUAUGCCAACAUUUCCUCAGUUUCUUCCCGCCCCUCUCCUUCAUAUCUCAUUACACCGGCUUCAUCUGUAUCUUCAAUAUCCCCUUCACCUCUAUCAGUCUACGAGCAAGAACGCCCGCGAAAUAUUCAAUUUCAUCCUAGGGAAUGCCAACUCCGCGACUCUCAGAAAACAAAAUAUGUAACUGGUUUAGUCGAUCAAGCUGUAAAAUCAAUAUGCGAAAUAUGGCAUCCUCAAGACAUCCCUUUCGUUUUCUUGACGUCUUCUCGUCCGACUGUUGCGACCCCUUCUACCGACUCCGUUAUUGCAUCCCUUCCAAGUACUUCACUGCGUAGGCGUAACACUCAACUCCCCUCUCCCAUAUCUCCAACGACACAGCCAUCUCCCACGCCCGCCCCAUGCAUUCCAAAUUCGUACUCACUCCAUUCGCCCGAGAUCCCCCUGACGCCCGGUUCGGGCGAUCACACGCCGCGGUGCGACGUUGCGCCCAUGAAAGGGUUUGUACACGAGGUGCUUCGUCGCUCUCGCACGUCAGGCAGCGUUCUGCAGACCGCGCUUUGUUACCUGGAAGCUAUCCGCGCAAGGGUUCCAGAGCUAGUCACGCAGGAGAAGGAGCACUCUGGGUCUACUUGCGAAAAGGUGUCGGUUGAACGUAUCGUUCAAGGUGAGGUCAGCGCUUUUAGCGCUGGCCUUGAUGGACCUACCUCUUCCUCGGAAACAUCGGCGGGCGAUGACUUGCUCGAUACUAUCCGCAUCAAUCCUAUUACACUCGAGGUCGAAUCUUCGUUUUCAGAGCUGGGAUUAGAUGCUGACAAGGUUUCUCUGCACAAGCCUAAGCAGAGUAGCGGCUGUUUGACGCCUCUUCCUCCACUUCCCUCACCGCUUUUGUGCCCCCGCCGUACUUUCCUCGCGUCACUCAUUCUUGCAUCGAAGUUCAUGCAAGAUCGCUGUUACUCGAAUCGUGCAUGGGCUAAACUUUCGGGUCUUCCGCCACGAGAGAUUGGCCGUUGCGAACGUGCGCUGGGUGAAGCGCUUGAGUGGCGCCUCUGGGUCGGCAAGUUGCCGGCAGCGCCAGCCGCUACCGGACGCGCUCUCACAAAGUGCAAGAGUGAAAGUAACAUACUGCUUAGGAGCAAUCCGAGAACGCAGUCCCUUACGGAGACUAGCCCCGUUGCAUCACCACCGCCUUGCGCAGUGGGUUCACCUCUGGUAACAAGGCCUCGUGUGGGUCUCAGGCGGCACGCCACGCUACCCACACAUGCAUUCUAUCGCGAGGACUCAUGUAUGGCGACAAUUUCGUCUGCCGCUGAGACUUCGCUAUGGAUGCCAACUGCCGAACCGAGUCUGGGAAUGGAUAGCAGUCCAGCAAACUCCGAGAUCAGUCCACCUACGCCUGGUCUCAGCUACUCGCCCACGCCCACAGAGUCAUCGCUUGGAGAUCGCACUAUUCAGAUGUCAAGUUUCAUGGAUAUUUCGACGCCGCCGCCGCCGUCCUGUCAGUUCGCCGCUUUCUCGAGCGCGCAGAACGGCAAGAUGUUGCAGCCGGCACCGAUUCCGCUCAUGUACUCGAUGACGAACGAUGCGUGCCAGAGUCACGACGUGGAUCAGCCGUUUUUUGCAGCGGGUCUGUCGGCAUCGAGCAACCAAUCCUGGUCUUCAGUGUAUGCUUUUUGACUGCUAUCGCCAAUGGACGCCCGUGUUCCCCGUACUAACCACUUCGGUCGAUGCUUCUUAUGCCUAUGCUCUCUAUCUUUCUGUUUUGUUCAUACUACUUCUGUACAUAUAGUUUAUCUGUCGCGUGUCCGAGUAUGUGCUAUGUCUUGUCGGUUUGAGAGCGCAGCGGCAUUUGCUUAACUAUGAACAAUCUCGACCGUCCUCUUGUCUUCUUGUGUACUAUUAUAAACAUACCCAAUAGACUUGCUUUGAGCAUCAA